GAGCUCAAUUUGAAUAGUAGAAGAAGAAGCUCUUCCUUCUCCCCAUGGUGCACUAGCUGAUGAAUCUUCAACUGGAUACAAAAUGAUUUUUAGUUUGCAAACAUUGACAGUGAGUUAAGUCGUGGUGGAGAUAACAAGACGUCGCCUGGUGAGCUGGUUGGUAUUUGUCAACAGCUACGAGGUAGAACAGCUACAGCGGAAGUUCUCCGUCAAUGUUAGCUUACAUGCUAACAUCGGCUGCUGUGCCUGAAGCAGGAGCGUGUUGACGGUUUGCUGCUGCUGUCAGAGCCUCAGGAUGAAGGUGAAGAUCCGGCAGUGGAACGGGGUGGCCUCCUGGCUCUGGGUGGCCAAUGAUGAAAACUGUGGGAUCUGCAGGAUGCCCUUCAAUGGAUGCUGCCCGGACUGCAAAGUGCCUGGAGACGACUGUCCGCUGGUCUGGGGUCAGUGCUCCCAUUGUUUCCACAUGCAUUGCAUCUUGAAGUGGCUGAACUCGCAGCAGGUCCAGCAGCAGUGCCCCAUGUGCCGACAGGAGUGGAAGUUCAAGGAGUGAACCAACAGAGGUGGUGCUGCUGUCUGCCCACAUAGACUUUCACAGAAGCCUGUUCAAGUGUCACAUUUCUGUUUCAGUUGUAAAUAAUGUGUUUAGACAAUGUUUUUGUACGUAUUCAUCUGAUCAAAUGCAAAGGACAUUUGGAAUAAAUUGCAUUUUUCUUAUAAGAUAUGUGAUUGAAUAAAACACACAUUAAUUCUC